UCUUUGGUUGAGACCGUGAGGCUGGCCGAGAUUUCCGCGCAUUUGAUUGGUGGAGCGAGAGGGCUGGUCUCCGCCGAUUGGUGCCGGGGAACUCUGCCCCAUAGACGCCCGCGAGCGGCUGUUUGACUGCGCCCCUGGUUUCCCGCCGGCCGCCGAUCUCCGUCCGCAAUGAUGGUGGAGGUGAUGGAGCUGCCCAAGUCGCGUAUCAACGCCAGCAUGCUAGCCCAGUCCAUCGACCGGCCCGUCUGCUUCGUAGGGAGGCUGGAAAAGAUUCAUCCCACUGGAAAAAUGUUUAUUCUUUCAGAUGGAGAAGGGAAAAGUGCAACCAUUGAGUUGAUGGAGCCUCUUGAUGAAGAAAUCUCUGGAAUCGUGGAAGUAGUUGGAAGAGUAACAGCCAAGGCAACCAUUAUGUGCUCAUCUUAUGUCCAGUUUAAAGAAGAUAACCAUCCUUUUGAUCUUGGACUUUACAAUGAAGCUGUGAAAAUUAUCCAUGAGUUCCCUCAGUUUUUUCCUUUGGGGGUUAUGCAAUAUGAUUGAUCUCAAUUGCAAAUGAGCUGCAUUGAAGACUGUUAAAGGAGAUCCCUGAUAUUUGAGGGAUAGAUUCUUGUUACUUUUAAUAUUUAAUUUGUUCUCUUUGUAAUUUCAUUUCCUAACUUUAUUAGAUAUUCCAGUAUGCCAUUUUUAAUGGAACUGGUAUAUCGACAGUUCUUUCCUACCUCCUCAUAAAGAAUCACUUAUCUGGCAUAUGGUCAGAUCAAAGAGUAACACAGCAGUUGUCUGACGUUUGUUUUCUGUUUUAUUAAUAAAAAUUUAAAUGGUACUUAC